CUUAAAUAUUAAUAUAUAUGUCACUUCCUAUAGUUAGCAAUAUAGAAAAAUAUAUUUAACUUUGAGGAAAACCGUCGACUCCAUACAUAUUUGAAAGGCAAAGCUAUCAACCACAUGGUUUAAUUCGAGAACUGCAUCAUGUCCUAACCAUGAUUAAGAAGCCAACGAAGCUUUCUUUACUAGUAGGCAGAUUAACAAAAGUUAAUGUCUACCCAGAAAAGCAUGAUGUCAGCAUCACCGUUGUUUAUUAUUUCAUUGAUCUGCUGCUUUAGUUCUCGUCAGCUCUCGCGUACUUAUUUCGAGUCACCUGCUGUGAAAUUCACACAGCACACUCAUAACUGUGUUUCUCUCUCUCUCUCUCCCCAUAUCUAGAGCUGACUAAUGUUAACUACAUACGCCCCACACAUUGCUAAUAAUUUCACCAGUUUCAUACAAACAUCUCUGACGAAGAACAAAAUAUCAACAACCAAUUCAUUGCUCGAACCUCUCAUUUCUACAAAACAACAGAACAGAGAAUGUCAAAAAUCAUUUUCUAAUUAAUAAUUACAAUAAAAUAUUAAUCAAGAAAAUGGGGGAAAAAAUCCCAUCUAAUUCAACUAGAAUCUGAAAAAUGAACAUCAGCUUUCUAUCCAACGUGCUAUCAAGAUCUCACGAAUAACAGCAGCAGAAUUCUUUCAAAGCCCACCGCUUACUUUCUGGCUUUUAUUUUAAGACAUGUCAGUCAGCUUUUUAACUACUACAUGCAGCCAAUGAAAUUUCCCACAAGUACAAUUCAUUGUUGGGCGAAGCACUGUAAAAAUAUAGUAGAAGUCUUUUGUGUGGAUUAUUAAAUGGACAUAACGGCGAUUUCCAGCAAUUCCUGCUGAAAAUCCAGUUGACCAAAUCGAAGAAGAUUGGCUAUUGUUGGCCACAUUAGAAACAUUGUGAUUAUAUAUAUAUUAGUAUUAUUUUAAAGAAACCUUUAUGAUGGCACUACUUCCCAAUUAAAAGAAUUAAAGAAAUCGUUUUCAUUCUUCUCGAGUGAUUCAUCUGGAUUGCAAGUCUACAAUGAAAUCAAUUUUAUCUCAAAGAAAACGAACAAAAGACAAAUUUAUUGGCAACAAUUAAAAUCGGCCGCUUUCUCCAGUUAAUAAUGUUCAUUCAGGACUUUAAUAAUCUAGAAGAAUGAGACAUUGUGACAAAAUUGGAGAAAAAAAUAUAUAAAGUAAAAGAAGAAAAAAAAUGAGAAGAUUUCUGUAACAUAUUGAAAAUGUUUUAUUUUAAUUGACUGUUAAUUAAGUAUUUGAUUUAUCAUGAAACAAGGAAUUGUUUCUGAAAGAGCAUGAAGGCACUUCCCUGAUGGAAUAUUUUGAGUACAGGGAAAGAGAUGAAAAUAUGUUAAACAAUUGUAGGAAAAUACUGCAAAAAGCGAACUACUUGGCUUUAAAAGAACGAUUUGAGUUUUAUAAUGAAAGAAAGUAGAUGUUAAAAACGAGCUCAGCAAUGGAUUAGGGCCUUCCACUCGGAUUACUAUCUUCCCCCCAUCAUCAAGUGUUGCUGCUGCUGCUUCUUGUACUGACACCACACCAACAUGGCAGUCAUUAGACGAUUGUGGAAAAGUUGGGUUAUUUAGCAGCUCUAUAUCACUGACGACGUUGAGUGGGGGAAGAGAAAGAAAGCGAGACAGCGUGAGGAAGGGUGGGAAUGAGAGAGAGAGAAGAUAUAAACAAGAGAGAGAACGAUAUAAAGCGAGAGAGAGAGAGUGGCAGCUUUUUAUCGGCGACGCUGAGUGAUAGAAGAUAUAGAGAGUAAACGAGUGAGGGAAAGAAAGAAAGAGUAAAAGCUAUAAUGAGAGUGUGACAGUAGCUGCUGCUACUACUCCCCUUUACCUACCGACCGAAACUCAGGCAGGCAGACAGACAGUCGGACAGAAUGAGUAGAUGCUUGAGUGAGAUGCUCCGUUGGCUAGCAUGACUGCUUCAUGAAUAUGUAAGCAGCACCAACAGGAACAAUUUACCGUCGCCACUAUUACUCUGCUGUUUCUGUUGGAACAGAGAGAGAGAGAAAGAAAGAGACAGAAACUAAUAGAAUAUUACUUCUUAGUCGUCUUCGAUUAAAAGACAAACGAGAGUUUGAGUGCGAGGAGAUAGAUAUAAGGGAUAUUUAAAGUAUCACCCCCUGGUCCUGCUGUUGUUUUCCUUCUCGUUGCCAGCACCUUGCAACCAAACAAUCUUAUGGAUGUCUACAUGUUUACCAAGUUGCUUCCAAGAAUCCUUUCCUUCUAUAGGAUCUCCAAUGCUCCUUUUCCUGUUCUAUACAAUGAAUUAAUCCAAUGUUUGGAUUGAACACUUAUUAUGGGACGAAGUUUACAACCAUUAAGGUUCUGUAACCUAUGUGAAUUCUCUACCAGAAACAAAUAUUUUUUCAAGAGGCAUAUAAAUUUUUGUCGGCGUCGAAACAGAAACAAGGAAUUCUUAACAGGCUCCCUUCCUCCCCCUAGCACAAUUUCCGAAGACACAAUGGCAUCUACACCAGAGUUAGAAGAGGUUCCAGUUGUUGUAAAAAAUGAUACUUCUAGUCAAGAAAUUCAAGAUAUUGAUGAAGCUUCCAUGGAUAUGGAUGAUGGCUCUCUCAUUGAAAGUAGUCCUAUGAAUCAGUCCUCGUAUGAUGAAUAUCCAGAAAUCUCUGGGAGUUCAUCGUCAGGUGGAAUCUUGCCACCACCUAAUGUUUGUCGCAAUUAUCACUGUCAGGAAUGUAGUUUCACAACUACUAAGUCGAAAAUGUUUUUGUAUCAUCAAAUCGAUGUGCAUGGUGCAAAUUUUAAUGUUUUCCCUUGUGACUUCUGCGAAUAUGCUUCUCGCUGGAAGCACAAGCUCUUGCGACAUAAGGAAAAGGCUCACAAGGCAACAGUGACAAUGGAAGAGCUGCAACCCGAAUAUACAGCUACUAAAACUUCUCCAGCACCUAGUUCUCCAAAACCUAAAAAGCCAUCUCCAGCACGAUAUACAAUAUCAAAUCGGGCAGCAAAACUCAAGCGAUCUCGAGCCCAAAUUGGGAAGAAUAACAACUUAGAUUCUUGUUCAAUGUAUAUUGAAAAAUUAAACACUAAUUUUAAUGGAAGUUCAGUUUUCAAAUGCAAACUUUGCUUAUAUACAAGCAAAACUCGAAUGCAAGCUUACAAACAUGUUUAUAGCUGUCACAUAAAGGCAAAAGUGUUCAAAUGUAAGUUGUGUAAUUUUAGCACAGAGAAAAAGAUAGAUUUUUAUAUUCAUAAAAGCAAACAUACAAACGAAAAUUUUUACCAGUGUAAAGAAUGCUUGUAUGGAACAACCCUGAAAACAAAUUAUGAUCGACAUAUGUUGAAUCAUGAAAUGACUUCAGCUUUUACUUGUAACUUAUGCACGUACUCUAGCCCAAAUGAAGGAGCAUUGAAACGCCACCUUACUAACCACCAUUCAAACAGUGAAGAGAAUGUGUCGUUGAUAGUCAGCAGUACCAGUACAGCGGCAGCAGAUACUAAACCACGAGAUGUUAGAGAUUCAACCAUUGAAACCUUUUCACCGGAGACUAUUGUAGAAUCAGCAGUCCCAACAAAAUUUGUUGAUCAGAUUGAAAAAGAAGAUGAUGGUGUCAUCGCCGAUGAUGAUGAAGACGAAGAAGACGAAGACGAAGGCAGAAGGCGAACAGUGGAAGGUCCCUCUCAUCAUCGUUAUACUAAAAGUUUUUGUUACCGAUGUCUAAUAUGUGGUCUGAAAUAUAAAAGGUCUCCAGAUAUGAAUCGUCAUAUGAAAUUAAAGCAUAACAUUUGUUUGCAAGAAUUUAAAAAACUUGAUCUUGACAAACAGUAUCGAAUGUUGAAUUCUGUUGAUAAGAAAGAUGAUGCUAAUGACAAUGGUUAUGAGGAUGAUUACGGGGCACCGUUGGAUCUGUCCAUUAAAACUAUGCGUAGUGUUUUCAAUGUGAGUAAGACAAAAUUAAAAUGUACCUAUUGUUCUUACAUAGCAAAAUGGCCUUGUGAUCUACGACGACACAUGGCUGUACACUCAAUUGAUAAAAGAUACAAGUGCCAUUUAUGCAUGCGGAAAUAUAAGUAUUUUGGUGACCUCAAUGUUCAUGUUCGGCGGGACCAUGACAUUGAGCCUGAUAAAGCUCUCAUAGAAAAAGUGACAACAGUCCAGAAAAAGAAAUCCUCUCCAACCAUUUUCAAGUGCCCAUCUUGUUCAUUCACAUCAAGUUAUAAAUCUGAAAUAGACCGCCAUUCUAAAUUGCACGACGGGAAUAAACCAUACAAGUGUAAACUGUGCAAAUACCAAAGCCAUUGGAAAGGAGACAUGAAUCGGCAUUUGUACCGUCAUCAUCCCAGUGAAGUGCAACAAGAAGAAGACAUAAAGAAUUUGGUGAUCUACCAGAAAAUAAUCAAUAGCGAAAUGAUGUCAACCACAAAAUCAAUUGUGACACCAUCAUCAUCGUCAACAUCAUUGUCAUCAUCCUUAGUUACCACAUCUUGUGACACAUCUACUGUAUCUGUACCUGCUACUGUUGCAACUAUCACUUCUACAUCUACUUCAUCUUCAUCUGCCACAACAACAACAAGCACUACCAUUUCAAUUAUUUCUCCCAUAUCUUCAACUGAUGACACUAAGGAUUUGUCUAACACAAAGCAGGAAGAAACUACGGAUGACAAAUCGAUUCUGCCUUCAGAGUGUGGCAGUGAUAUGGAAACAAGCAAACUUAAUGAGGAAACUCCUACUUUAAUAUCUGACUCGUCUAUGGUCGAAGGUAGUUCUUUAGAGAGGUCAGCUGAAGGUGUAUCCACAGCUUUUACUGAAAUUUCUGAAGAGACCAAUCAAAAAGAGGUUCUCGGUCCAUUUCUGUGUAAUUACUGUGAUUUUUCUGCUCCUGCCCCUUCAAAGCUGAAGGCACAUCUUGCAACCCACUGGAAUCUAAAGAAAUUUAAAUGUCCCAUUUGUGGCAAGAGAUCCAACUGGAAAUGGGACAUCCGUAAACACAUACGCAAAGAACAUCCUGGUCAAAAUGAUGAUGUUAUUGUAAUGUCUGAACAAGAAGCUGAAGCAACAGUUCUAAAGUAUAUGGAAACAAUGCCGACUAAUCGCAGGGAACACCAGCUAAAUGUAGCUAUGUUAAAGCCGAAAAAGCUUUUUAAAUGUUCCCAGUGUAACUUUCAAUCAGCAUUUCGGUGGACUGUGCUUAAGCAUCUGAGAAGUGAUCACUCUAACCAGUCUGGAAUUUUAGGUGAUAAUCAAGGUGUGGAGAAUGUCCUGGGAAACUCUGAUAACCAUAUAAUUAAUCAGAUUGACAUUGAUGAAAGUAUUGUAAAAAUUGAACCAGGCACCACCCCACCUAAAUCUUCGUCAGUAUUAUCAAUAUCAUCGGCAAAAUCUACAAGUCCAGGUAACUUUGUAGCUAAGCCGACUGUUGUUUCCAGCAGCAACAUGCCAGUUCUUAGUGUUCCAGUUAUCAGCAAACUGAAGGGAUCGAAAAAAGACACUAAAUCCUCUUCAGAUAAACCUUACAUGUGCCCUCUUUGUGGCAAGCGGACAACUUUCCGAGGUGAUGUUCGCAAACACUAUCGAUAUAUGCAUCCAGGUGAAGAAAUUCGAAUACUCUAUGUUGGGAGUUUGUCCAAUGAAGAAAUCUUAACAAGAACAAAUGAGAUCAAAUUGACCAAUCCUUAUAUAUCUCCCAUUAAGAAAGAGAAAAUAUCCACUUCUCAGACUACAGAGAAACUUUCUGACAUAAAUAUACAUUCCUCUAAGCAAAGUCCCACCGAUACCACUUUAAUUCUUGCCUCUGAUAAAUUGAAAGACACUCCGGAGCAUACUACUGCAUUAGAGGCAUUGUAUAGUAACCCUAAACGAGUUGGUUAUAUAAAACCAUUCAAGUGUUCUGCUUGUGGACGAAGGUCCAACUGGAAAUGGGAUCUUAAGAAGCAUAUUAGAGAACGUCAUCCAGAAGGUGGCUAUGUUAUUGUGAUGGAAGAAGAAGAAGCUCGGCUAUCUUUGUUAGCCGAAUGCUAUCCUAACCACCCCCUUGUUACUAAACAAAAGGAUGGCCCUGCAACUUCUGAUGAGUUCUCUUCUAGUUCCCUAACUCUAGUUACAUCUGCAGCUCAAAGAAAUGCUCAGAAAUUGUGGCGCCAAUUUGAAUGUUCUGGCUGUGGCUACAAGUCAAAUUGGAGAAGUGAUGUUUACCGACAUAUUAAGAGAAGGCACAACAACAAUCGCAGCAAGGUGAUGUGUAUUGAUCACAAGGUCAGCGACUACCCACCACCAUUUUAUUUCAAAUUCAAGAAGAGUGAAGGGUGUUAUGAAAAGAAAACAGCUGACAAGUUAACUCACCUUGACAUGACUCCUGACACCGAGUCUCCAUCAGCUAACAAUUCUAUAACCAAUUCCGAGGCAACCGCUACACCUGACCAAACUCCUCGGUCAGAAUCCAUAACAGAUCUUUCUUCAUCUUCAUUACUUGGACAUGGUAAAAUGUGGAAAUGUAACAAGUGUACAUAUCGUCACAAGGACAAGAUGCUUGUGUUACGGCACUUGACAUCACAUAAAGUUAAGCCAUACAAAUGCAAACUGUGUGGGCAUUCUUCAAAUUAUCGCAGUGCCCUCUAUCGUCAUUUAAGACAGAAGCAUGGGUGUAAUGAUUACAGUCUUUGUAAAUUAAGCAUUUCUUAUUCAGCUGACAGUGAAAUAGGUGCUGCAUCUGGUGAAGAGAAUGAUACUGAUAUAGGGGACUUAAUGGACUUGUAUACAUGCAAGAUUUGUAAGUUUCAGUCAACUUGGAAAGCUUGUCUCUAUAGACAUCUCCGUGAGCGCCAUGGCACUACCGAUUAUAACAAUUGUUAUAUCAAACUGAAAUCAACUCAAGAAGGGGAAUUAGAAGAAGAUCUUGGCUCUGUUGACAUUCAAGAGCCGAUUCCCGAGCGUAUAAUAGACAGACCUCUAAAUAAAUUCCAAUGUAAUGUGUGUCCCUAUUCAACAAAGAAACCAACCUUGCUCAAAUUCCAUAUGAGUUAUCAUAAACCCAGAGGACAGAACCGUUUUAAGUGUAAGUUCUGUCCAUAUUACGUUUGUGCAAGACGACUACUUAAUCAACAUGUUCGUUUGCAUUCAAAUGAACAUGCCAAAAGUAAAGUUGGUUCUAAACAGGCUAAUGUUUCUCUUAAGACAGAUGAUUUUUCAUCAUUAAAUAUCAAUAUUGCUCCAAGAGUCCCUAGUACUAAAAGAAUGAAAUUCACUUGUGAAAAGUGUCCCUAUGCUACCAACAGUAAGAAUGAUUUUCUCUAUCACAAACAAUUCCAUCGUGUGAAACUCUCCAAUUCCACUGCUUUCAAGUGUGACUAUUGUGAUUACUGGGUCAGCCAUCGGCGUCUACUUAAACAACAUCUUCGUUUGCAUAUUGACCCAGAUCAAUUAUCACCAGUGAAGACCGAGGCCACAGAUGUUCAACUCUUGUAUGAUGCUGUUGAAAUAGCGUCAGUAAAACAAAAGCUUAUAGUAUCUAAGAUUUUGCCAAGUUUAUCUCAGCCUGAAAACUCUGAUUCAGCCAUAAAAAUUGCAGCCCGUUAUGCAAUAUUUGGCAAUAAACCUGGAUAUAUUUUGAAGAAUGGGGUGUACAAAAAGCUGCUAAAAUGUUCGAAAUGUCCCUACACGAACAUUCGUAACAGAAAUUUGCGCCUCCAUGAGUUAAUGCAUGGCCGUCGGUCAUCUGGUCAUCCACUUUUGAAAUGCCCACAUUGUGAUUAUUUUGUUGGCUCCAAAGGUUUGUUAUCCCAUCAUCUGAAAGUUCACCAGCAUCAGUAUGUUCCUGAUCUGAACGACAACACAAUAUCGGAAUUGGAGCAGUUAGAAGGCAUUUCUUUAGAACCUGAUGAUGACCUCAAUGAUAAAAGUGACAUGGAGAUUUCUACAGAAAGCAAAGUUGAUGCGCUUUUGGAAAUUGCUCAGUUUAAGAAAUUUUGCUGUGAGAAGUGUCCCUAUGCUAGUGCUAAACGUACGCAUUUUGAGCGGCACAUUGAGUUACAUGGAAGCAAACAGCAUUACACUUGCGAAUAUUGUGACUACAGUGUUCCCUCAAAUAACUUACUUGUACAGCAUCGUAAACUUCAUUUCAGUCCAAACCCAAAUCUUGUUGCGACUCAGUCGAUAUCAAACCUUCAGCGUCUGCCUGAAAUACCUGCUGAUGUAGCUCUUGCAAGUGCAUUACCUCCUCUUGAUUCUAAUGAUCCUGUGCCUUUGAGUGUGACACACGACCACUUAGAUCUAUAUGAACAUGUCCAACCUGAAAAGGAAGACUCAGAUAUUGUUAAAAAGGUGUAUCAUUGUGACCGUUGUCCCUAUUCAAACACACGUCGGGACCAUAUGGUAACACAUUUAAGGUUCCAUGUAGUACGGAGUGAACUUGCUUGUCCCUAUUGCGAUUAUACUGUUUCAAAAAAUCAUCUCCUUGCUCAACAUGUUCGAGUUCAUUUUUGUCCUCUGCCUGAACUGUCCAAUUGGUUAAAUGAAAACGGCCAGAAGGACCGUGUUGACCAGUCAAAAGAACAGGACUUGUCAGAAGCCCUUCGUGUCGCACAGCUCUACCAACAGAUGAAUCCUACGACUGUGAAAAAUGAAAAUGAUGAAUCGAAGGACAAAGAUGAUUCUCAGCUGGAGGAUCCACUAAGUACAGUUUGUCGGUACUGUGAUCGAUCUUUCUCAGAUACACCAGCCGUUCUCAAACACGAACGUCAACAUUUGAUAGGCAACCAAUUUGAUGCUUUUGCACGCCAGUCUCCAGGUUUGGAACCAGCAACUGCAGUUGCCUCUGGUUAAAAUAUAUAGAUUUGGACAUUAUAUUGGCAAUAUUUCUGAAAUGCUGACAAAUACCAUAGAAAUAUGCUCCCCCGACUCACUUUUGAAUCCUGGCUGUAGCUGUUCUGCUUCUCUUUGCGUCACUCAGUCCUUGAGAAAGGAAUGAAUACCAUUCCUGUUUCGUUGGUUUUAUAAAUAAAUUUAAGGCUUUCUGCCUUUCUACACAAGAAAAUUUAGAACGGGGAUUCUGAGCAUUUCAAACAAGAUUUUGCUCACUUCAUUGAAAAAUCUGUUUUUUUUUUUUUAAUUAAUUUAUUUAUAUAUUUUUUAACUUCCAAGAUAUGCAGCUCACUGUUAUGUUUUUGUAAAGCUGUUUUUAGAUAUUUUAUACAAUUAAGACACUUUGAAAAAACAAACUAAAAGCAAACCACCCAUUUUUUUUUUUUUUUUAAUAAAACACACCAAUCCUUCUAUAAUAGUGUUGGUUGGGAAACAACCCCCCCCCUAUUAAAAUUGAAAUAAUUGAUAUUUAAAACAAAUGAAUGACAAAAGAGAAGAAUAAUUAAAUAUUAACAAUCUAGGUUUCAUUUUCUGUUAUUUGUCGAUUGUUGAUAGUUCUGAUUGCAAUUUCCUUGUAUUAUUUUCAUGAAAGAAAUCAAGAAUGUCAACAGUAAACAAUAUAACGGUAGUCCCUGUAAUAUCUAACAUAGAUGCUUAUUGCAUUAUAUAUAUAUAUAUAUACUUUGGUUUCCUGGGUUAAAAAGCAAUUAUCACACACUGAAUUGACAAAGUUAGUUUUUCUAUUGAAAUAGGAAGGUGGGGAUUAUUGAGGUCUGUUUACAAUUCUUACAUUGGAACAAAAUCAGGAAAUAAUGAUUGACACAUUGUUGUAUUAUCAGUGCUUGGAAGAAGAGACAUUUUUGCAAAUAGUACAGUAUGAUCAAUAUUUAACAGUUUCUCUUGUGAGAAAACCUAUGUUUUUCUAACUAUAUUGACAAACUUUACUCCAAAUAUAUAUAUUUUUGGCUGAUAUUAGACCAAGCUUGCUAGCCAUUAACAAAGCUUCUGACUCAGAAUAUUCUUUUAAUGUCUUAGAAUCAUAAAUUUCUAAUUGUUUUAUCAUACUACGCUCUACUAAAUUCUUGUUUAAUUUCAAGGUGGUGCCCCAGCAUGGCCACAGUCCAAUGACUGAAGGAAGGAAAAGAUAAUAGAUACUUUAAAAAAAUAGUUUUUUUAUUUCUGAUUUUUAAUUAAAAAAAAUUUUUUUAACCCUGUUAAACUACCUCCAAAAAUUGGGGUUUAUGAAUGAAAGGGAAGUUAUAUAUUUAGAAUUGUCAUCUCUUAAAAAUAAAAAUUAAUUUCAAAAGAACUUAGUACCAUUUUGGUGAUAUUAAAAGAGGGAAAAGAGUAACAUUUCUUCAAGAUUUCACAUCAGUCUUAGAUAUUUAUUUCACAUAAUAAUGAAUUUUUUAAUUCUUUUCAAUUUUUUUUUUCCAUUAUUUUCCCUGAGUCAAUAGGAGGAGUUAUGGAUCUCCUGCUUAGCUUUGUACAAAGAAUCUACAUUUUCUUCAUCAUUAUAUUGUUAUUAGAACUGAUCUCAGUUUGAUAAACUGUGGGCGACUGCUUGUUGCCAAGUAAAUUAUUCAAGUUUUAAUUGAUAUGCAAAUUCUCAUAGAAGUUUCGAGUUUAAUACACUGCUUCUGUCUUUAUUCCUUCAGCAAAUGUAUCAGAACUUUAUGAUGAAGAAUGAUCGUCUUUAAAUUUCACCAUUUUCUUUAUACUUUCAUGUAAAUAUUUCAUAUUGUAUUCAUCAAAUAUAGACUAGAAAAAAAUGUUAAUACUUUUUCUUACUGCAAAAUGACUUUGUUUUUAUUAAAUAAAAUUGAUUAUAAUUGAUAUUAUUUUUUAUAUCCAAGCAUA